AUGACGGAAAAGCGAGCUUCCUCCUACCAUGACCAGACCGACGACCCGAGGACUGCCCGUAUGAGCACAAACAAUGACGAGUCGACCGUUGACCAUGGGAUGAGACCGCUUCCUACCAAGAACGACCACGAAUCCAAUGAGAAGCGAUCAGACAAUCUUGAGGCUCGUCUCUCGGAUAACGAUGGUGACGAAUGGGUCCGUGAAGGAAGUAUCGUUGUUUUGGAAACCGCCGAAGACCUAGUUACGCAAAUACUAGAUACUGAAGACGACCCGUUCGAGGAAUCUUUGACAUUUCGAACAUGGUUUCUAGGCAUCGGUCUUUCCAUUUUUGCUUCUGUUCUUCAAGAGAUCUUCUACUUCAAACCACAAACCAUUUUUGUGUCUCUCGUCUUCUUGACGGUCAUUGCAUACGUCCUUGGUGAUGCAAUGGCAUUCGCCAUCCCACGCAGAGGCUGGUUUCGCUACCUCAACCCUCAUGAGUUCAACCAGAAAGAACAUGCGGCAAUCACCAUUAUGGCUUCUGCUGCAGCUGUGAGUGCUUUGGCCACCGAGGCAUUGGCUGCUCAGGCACUGUUCUAUGGUGGAUAUCCCAGUGUUGGAGCUGGGAUCUUCAUUGUCCUCUCGUCUCAACUACUCGGUUUCGGAGUGGCCGGCAUGCUGCGCGACAUUCUCGUCUACCCAACUAAGAUGUUGUGGCCAAUGACGCUUCCAGUCACGACCUUGCUACAAACCAUCCACAAAGACAAAGCCGAGACCAAACAACGCAUGAGGGUUUGGUACAUUAUCUUUUUCUGCCUAUUCUUCUGGGAAAUCCUUCCCGAGUACAUAUUCACAGUCCUAACCGGAGUUUCGAUUGUCUGUCUCGCUGACCAGCAUAACCUUGUCAUAACGAAUUUGUUCGGAGGUGCGUCGGGCAACGAGGGUCUCGGGUUUCUUUCGCUGUGCUUUGAUUGGAAUUACAUCGCGGCGUUCAAUUCACCUCUGUGGUAUCCUCUACAGACGACUGUCAAUAUGCUGAUCGGAAUCUGUGGGUGCUACAUCUUAUUCAUGGGCAUCUACUACAGGAAUCUCUGGAACUCGCAAGACUUCCCAUUCUUGUCGCAGUCGCUCUUUAACAGCACCUCCACUGCUACCAAUUACACCGUCUACAAUCAGAGCCUAAUCCUGGACUCGAAUUUCCACAUCGACUUCGACAAGCUCGACGAACAAGGGAUCCCUUACCUUACCGGAACCUAUAUCGCCUACCUGAUCACUUCGAAUGCCGGCCUGACAGCGACAUUUGUCCAUAUGUUGAUGUGGAACUGGGACGAUCUAAAAGUGGCAUGGACCUGGGCACACCAUCGGAACUUGGCCAAACUUGCAAACCCUCACACGUACAUGUUUUGGCGUAACACUGAGACUCCAGAAGAACGCCUAGCACGUAAGGUUGACGAUCCCACUCUUGACCCUCAUUACAAAGUUAUGCUUCGCAACAAGUACAAAGAGGUCCCGAUGUGGUGGUGGGCGGGAGUCAUGGUUGUCAGUUGGGUAGUUGGUAUCAUCUGCCUGUAUUCCAUCAAAUCUACUCUACCUUGGUGGGGUUAUCUCAUUGCGCUGAUGUUCACAUACCUCUUCGCACUUUUCUUCGGAGCCCAGUCUGGUAUUACUGGUUUCGGAUUUAAUCUUCAGCCCAUUUGUCAGAUGCUCGCCGGGUACCUUUUUCCUGGCCGCCCUCUGGCCAACUUCUACUUUACUUGCUUCACCUACAACACCUCGACUCAGGCUUCUUUGCUGGCGAAAGAUCUCAGGUUGGCGCAACAGAACCAUAUUCCACCUCGUACGACCUUCGCUUUGCAAGUUACGGGUUGUCUUGUUGGUGGUAUCUUCAAUUGGGUCAUGAUGCACAGCAUAGUGCAAAACCAAGCCGAGAUCCUCAAGUCCAUCCAAGGCACGAACAUCUGGUCAGGUCAAAACAUCCAGCAGUUCAACACACUUGCCAUCGCUUGGAGUAUUGCCUCGAGGAUGUUCAGUGUAGGUUCGCGUUACCAAUGGGUCACCCUUGCUUACCUCAUCGGCUUCCUGGUUCCAAUCCCCACGUAUAUCGCCUACAAGAUUACCGGCAACAAGAAAUGGGGUUACCUCAACCCUUCGAUUAUCCUCUGGUAUAUGGGAAAUCUUUUCGUUGGCAUCAACAGCGCACUCAACAUGUUUUUCAUUCUCGCCUUUGUCAGUCAGUUCUACAUUCGCAGGUACCACCCGGAGUUCUUUGUCAAGUACAACUAUCUACUCUCGGCGGCAAUGGAUGGAGGUACGCAGGUCAUGGUGUUCAUUUUGACUUUUGCAGUCGCUGGUGGUAGUGGCAAGGCACAUCCGUUCCCAACUUGGGCUGGUAACCCGGAUCUGUCGGUUCACAAUGCGGACUAUUGCAUGGUCAAUCCUGCCAACAAUGGCUAG